UGCGUUGCGGAUGACAAAUCCGUAAUUCACAUUGGUCGAAUGUUCAUCAAGGACGGCGUGAAGCACAAAUGUGACGUGAAAGGCGAUACAGUCACUUAUGAGCAAGAAUCAACAUGCUUCGACAAUGGAAUCCAUUAUGAUGUCGGUGAACAUUUCCGAAAUGGAUCAUUUCUUCUCGUUUGCCAAAAAGACGGAAUAACAAUCGAAGGUUCGAACGUACAUAAUUUCUAA